GCGGGAGCGCGCCGCAUGCGGGUGCGCGCUUCCAACCCGCCCCCCCCCAGCUCCUCCGCGGAGCCUCCCGCGCCCCCGCCCCGCUCCCGCCCCGCGCCGCCGCCGUGGGAGCCGCGGAGCCGCCGCGGCCGGGAGCGGGGAACGGGGAGCGGGGAGCGGGGCCCGUCCCCGCCGAUCGGGCUCCGGCGAGCCGGCCUCGGUCCGGCUGGAGCGGCCAUGGAGGCGGGCAAAAUGACUGUCAGCAUCAAUAAGGCUAUUAAUACACAGGAAGUGGCUGUCAAGGAGAAGCACGCCAGAACAUGCAUCCUGGGCACGCACCACGAAAAGGGGGCACAGACCUUCUGGUCAGUGGUGAACCGGCUGCCACUCUCAGGCAACGCCGUGCUCUGCUGGAAGUUCUGCCACGUCUUCCACAAGCUCCUCCGUGACGGCCAUUCGAACGUCCUGAAGGAUUCUGUGAGGUACAAGAACGAGCUGAGUGACAUGAGCAGGAUGUGGGGCCACCUGAGCGAGGGCUAUGGACAGCUGUGCAGCAUCUACCUCAAACUGCUGAGAACCAAGAUGGAGUUUCACACAAAGAACCCACGGUUUCCUGGCAAUCUCCAGAUGUCCGACCGGCAGCUCGACGAGGCAGGGGAGAGCGACGUCAAUAACUUCUUCCAGCUGACGGUGGAGAUGUUUGACUACAUGGAGUGUGAGCUGAACCUAUUCCAGACAGUGUUCAGCUCCCUGGACAUGUCGCGCUCUGUGUCAGUCACAGCUGCGGGGCAGUGCCGCCUUGCCCCACUCAUCCAGGUGAUCCUGGACUGCAGCCACCUCUACGACUACACGGUCAAGCUGCUCUUCAAACUCCACUCCUGUCUGCCAUCCGACACACUGCAGGGCCACCGGGACCGUUUCCUGGAGCAGUUCAGAAAGCUGAAGGACCUCUUCUAUCGCUCCAGUAACCUGCAGUACUUCAAACGGCUAAUUCAGAUCCCACAGCUCCCAGAGAACCCUCCCAACUUCCUGCGAGCCUCAGCACUGUCAGAGCACAUCAGCCCUGUGGUGGUCAUCCCCGCUGAGGCAUCCUCGCCCGACAGUGAGCCCAUCACAGACCUGGUGGAAAUGGAAACAGCGUCACAGAGUGUGUUUGACAACAAGUUUGAUGACAUCUUUGGCAGCUCAUUCAGCAGCGAUCCCUUCAACUUCAACAGUCAGAAUGGGAUGAGCAAGGACGACAAGGACCGGUUAAUAGAGCAGCUCUACAGGGAGAUCGGGGCCCUGAAGGAGGAGCUGGAGAGCUGCAAGGCUGAGAAUGAGCGUCGCACCCUGCAGCUGCGCGGGCGCAUCAGCGAGCUGGAGGCCGAGCUGGCCGAGCAGCGGCACCUGAAGCAGCAGGCGCUGGACGAGAGUGAGUUCCUGCGCACUGAGCUGGAGGAGCUGAAGAAGCAGCGGGAGGACACGGAGAAAGCGCAGAGGAGCCUGACAGAGAUUGAACGUAGGGCACAGGCGAACGAGCAGCGAUACAGCAAGCUCAAGGAGAAGUACAGUGAACUGGUGCAGAACCACGCUGACCUGCUGCGGAAGAACGCGGAGGUGACCAAGCAGGUGACAGUGGCGAGACAGGCUCAGGGCGAUGUGGAGAGGGAGAAGAAGGAGCUGGAGGACUCCUUCCAGCGGGUGAGCGAGCAGGCUCAGAGGAAGUCUCAGGAGCAAGCCGAGGUGCUGGAAACUCUGAAGCAGGAGCUGGCAGCCAGCAAGCAGGAGCUGCAGGUCCUGCAGGGCACUCUGGAGUCCAGCACACAGGUAGGAGCAGAGCAGAGCACCCGGAUAGCUGACCUGGAGCAGGAGAGAGACAGCCUGAGCCAAGUGGCAGAGCGGCAUGGUGAGGAGAUGGCAGCCCUGCGGGCUGAGCUGCAGCAGCUUCAGGACACACUCAGCAGUGAAAAGGAGAGCAGCAAGAAGGAGCUGGAGACACUGCAGACUCAGCUGCAAGAUAAGGAGAGCAUGGAGCAGACGCUGCAGCAGCGCCUCACCGAGGAGCAGUUUGCUCUGCUGCAGGGCAGCGCACGGGAGGCAGAGAGGAUGGUGCAGGAUGCCCUCAGUCACCUCGAGGACCCUGCUCACAUCAGCUGCACUGGCUCAGCAGAUUACCUCCUGUCCAGGACAUUGGCAGCCUCUGAGUGCACAGAGAGGCUGCAGGAUGCACACAGAAAAUACCUUUCCAAUCGUACAGAUGUGAGCAGCCUGCUGCCCUGCGUGGCCCUCUUUGCCCACCUCAUCAGCGACACCAUCCUGCAAGGCAGCGCUACCUCCCACAUGGCCCCAAUGGAACCCGCUGACCGUCUGCUGGAGAUGUGCAAGCAGUGUGGCAGCGAGGCCAUGAGCUACCUCAGCUCCCUGCAAGACCUAGAUAGUGUGGAGGGCGCCGACUGCACGCCGGUGACCAGCUGCCUGGGCCGGAUCAGCGCCAUUGGGGAGGAGCUGCGACCCAGAGGACUGGACGUGGAGCAGGAGGAGCUGGGUGAUCUGGUGGACAAGGAGAUGGCAGCUACAUCAGCAGCCAUCGAGACUGCGGCCGCACGGAUAGAGGAGAUGCUGAGCAAGGCCCGGGCUGGUGACACUGGGGUCAAACUGGAAGUGAAUGAGAGGAUCCUGGGCUCCUGCACAGGCCUUAUGCAGGCAAUCCAGGUGCUGGUCCUGGCGUCUAAGGACCUGCAGCGAGAGAUUGUGGAGAGCGGACGGGGCGCAGCGUCACCCAAGGAGUUUUAUGCCAAGAAUUCCCGCUGGACGGAAGGCCUCAUCUCUGCCUCCAAGGCUGUGGGCUGGGGAGCAACUGUCAUGGUUGAUGCUGCUGACCUGGUGGUGCAAGGGAAAGGGAAAUUUGAGGAGCUGAUGGUCUGUUCCCAUGAGAUUGCAGCCAGCACCGCACAGCUAGUGGCAGCUUCCAAGGUGAAGGCAGACAAAGACAGCACCAACCUGGCCAAGCUCCAGCAAGCUUCUCGGGGUGUCAACCAGGCCACAGCCGGCGUGGUGGCCUCCACCAAGUCUGGCAAGUCACAGAUUGAGGAGAAAGACAGCAUGGACUUCUCUAGCAUGACACUAACCCAGAUCAAGCGUCAAGAAAUGGACUCUCAGGUGCGAGUGUUGGAGCUGGAAAACCAGCUGCAGAAGGAGCGGCAGAAGCUGGGGGAGCUGCGCAAGAAGCAUUACGAGCUGGCAGGAGUGGCAGAGGGCUGGGAGGAGGAUGCCACCGACUAGAUGCUGCAGCAGAAGCAGCCAGCAGCAGACACCCCUUCGGUCGGCUGGGACCCAGCUCGGUGCAGCCCUUUCAGAAGAUACACAAUAAACUGGUGCAAAAUCCACCCUGAAGCACACGUCCUCUGCAUUCCCCGAGAGCCACCUGCAGCGCUGGAGGACCGAGAGCCGCGUUGCUGCUGAGGGAGACCCUGGGGCCAGGAGCAAGGACUCCCCAGCCACCCAGCCUCACGCCAGCUGCAAACUGCACGUGUAUUUAUUAGAGCUGCUUGGGGGGUCUCUGGGGUGGUCUCUAACCCUUUAGUUUCAUUUUUGCACAGAUUCUCUGAACUGUUUGACCCAGCUCUGGCGGACCAGGAGCAUUCGGGUUUCCUUCACCUCUUGCUGCUUCUCCAGCCUUAAUGCGUUAACUGGCUCAGCACAAACACCUCAAGGGAAGGAGCCUGCCUGGUGCAAAGGGCCACAGGGAUGCAGUGGGGUCAGGAACUGGCUCUGCUGGUGCUGCUGGGCUAGCAUGGGGCUUGGUGCUAGGCAUGCUCCCCCGGCCCCAGCCCCCUGGCCCGCUCAGCUGCUGGCAGCAGCCAGGGUGGUGGGUGAGUCUGUGUGGGAGCAGAGUGCCUUUGGCCACCGUAAGGCCAGGGUCCCGUGCUGCUGCCGGGUCGGGCUCGUUCACACAAGGCAGCCUGGGUUGCUGAACCCUGGCGGUAAGAGCCAUUGCCUCCUCCAAACCCUGCAGAGCUCACUGGGCCCAUUGGCAGCCAGGCCAGGUCCCAGCAGCAGUGCUGGGAGCAGCCAGCAAUGAGGAGGGUUUGGGCUGGCAGUGAAAGGAAGGUUGUGACGAGCUCCUGUCCCCGUGUUCCCAAAGUGCCCUGUCUGGAGCAGUGCUUGGAGCAGAGGAGCUGGGCUGGCUGGCCCUGUGCAGCGCUGUGCUGCCGUGAGAGAUCACUGUGUCAAUGCCAGCAAUAAACCACUCUACAAGGU